GGUACCCACGCCGCCGGAAGUUGUCGAGCGAUUCUCGGCGUCUGGACCGUGGCAGGGGAGCCAGGGAGCUGACAUGGAGCGGCAGGAGCAGGACGCGGCCUCUGAUGACGCUAUGGACUCGUUCCUGGAAAAGUUCCAGAGCCAGCCUUACCGCGGCGGGUUCCACGAGGACCAGUGGGAGGAGGAAUUUGAAAAGAUCCCCUUAUUUAUGAAGAAAGCGCCAUCAGAAAUUGAUCCCCAGGAGAAUCCAGACUUGGCUUGCCUCCAGUCAAUUAUUUUUGAUGAAGAGCGACCUCCAGAAGAACAGGCCAGGACCUUUAAAGACGAGGGCAAUGAUUACUUUAAAGAAAAAGACUAUAAGAAAGCUGUGAUUUCGUACACUGAAGGAUUAAAGAAGAAAUGUGCAGACCCUGAGUUGAAUGCUGUUCUUUAUUCCAACCGGGCAGCAGCACAGUACUAUCUGGGCAAUUUUCGUUCUGCUCUCAAUGAUGUGACAGCGGCCAGGAAGCUAAAACCCUGCCACCUGAAAGCAAUAGUAAGAGGUGCCUUAUGCCAUCUGGAACUGAAAAACUAUGUCGAGGCUGUGAACUGGUGCGAUGAGGGGCUGCAGAUAGAUGCCACAGAGAAGAAGCUUCUGGAAAUGAGGGCUAAAGCAGACAAGUUGAAGCGAACUGAACAGAGGGAUAUAAGGAAAGCAAAGUUGAAAGAAAAGAAGGAGCAGAAUCAGAAUGAGGCUUUACUCCAGGCCAUCAUGGCUAGGAACAUCAGGCUAGUGUCUGAAGCUGCUGGAGAGGAUGAAGAUUCAGCCUCAGAAGGUCUCGGUGAGCUCAUCCUGAACGGGCUCACUUCUGAGAACCUCUACGGAGCCAGGCUGAGUGUAGAUGAUGGGGGAAGACUGAGCUGGCCUGUGCUCUUUCUGUACCCAGAGUAUGCCCAGUCAGACUUCAUCUCUGCUUUUCACGAGGACUCCAGAUUUAUUGAUCAUCUAAUGGUGAUGUUUGGUGAAACGCCCUCUUGGGAUUUAGAGCAAAAAUACUGCCCUGAUAAUUUAGAGGUCUACUUUGAGGAUGACGACAGUUCAGAACUGUACCGGGUGCCUCCCAAGAGCACCCUGCUGCAGGUGCUGCAGCACCCCAGGUACUUUGUAAAAGCCCUGACACCAGCAUUUUUGGUCUGUGUAGGAUCCUCUGCUUUCUGCAGGAAUUAUCUCCGGGGGAGAAAGGUGCGCCAGGUAAAGUGACCGGGCCGUGCUGUGAGAGCCAGGCCCCCAGACCUCCUCCCCCAUCCUGCUCCUCAGCCUGGGGUCUAGCACACUUGAAUCAGCAGGACCUGCUCCUAGAAUCCAGCGGUUUGUUUCUGUCACCCUGGGGACAGGCCUUCCCUGCAUUGUGGUUGGGAAGGAGCUGCCGACUUCCUGAACUGCAGCCUCUCUGGUCAGAGUGCUGAGCUCCAGCUGGUCUUCACUCAUCUCUCUUGGUACAAAACUCCGUGCCUUGGUCAUGACAUCCUUGGACUCACUGUGAGCUGUGUUACCCACCAGCCUCCACCUCUGACCUGAGGAACUCACUGGUCUGUGGACGCUGACUCACAAUCCAGUGACGUGGUUCUGAACCUUUGUGGAGUCAGAGGCCUUAGAGAAGCUGUGGCUCACACUGCAGACAUACACAAACCAUGCGUGUAAUUGUAAGGUAUCAGAGGUGAGAGACUCGGGCCUCCCGUGACUUCACGAGCACAGACGGCUGCUCUGUGGGGACGCUGUAGAUCCCUUGGGGUGAGAUGGGGCCAGGAAAGCCAGGUCCUGUUUCUGUAUCUAUAAAGACCUACAAACUGGGGUCCUCCAGAACCCCUAAAAUGUUUGUCACUUUUCCUGAUCUUUGCAGUAUGGAGAACUGUGACAUACUUGGACAGUAUGUCACAGUUUUUACAUUUCAGAAUUUUAUGCCUUUUAAACUGGGAAAUCUUUUUGUGUGUUGAGUCACUGUCAUACGUUGUAUUUUUGUCUGCAGCUUUUUGCUUCCUGCUUCCUAGAGGAUUUUAUAUACCCUUACCUUGCGUUGCCCACCCCGUCCCCCAGCGAAGAGUGUACUUCCCUGCUUCUGAUGCAAAGGGAUGUGGACAUGUCCAGACCGAGCUUACAGAGCAUCA